CUUGGGGCUCCGUCGUCGACAUUCGUUGCGUUACUAAAGUCGUGAACAAAAUCGUGGUGUUCUGCGCCUCGGUCCCGAGCAUAACGAGGCCGUGUGGUUGAGAAGAGAUCGGAUCAUUCGACCGUGGAAGCAUCCGCGAGGAGGCGGCCGGAGGGCGAAGCGAUGUACGGAUUCGAGGCGCUCACGUUCAACGUCCAUGGCGGUUACCUGGAGGCCAUCGUCCGCGGCUACCGCUCCGGCCUCCUCACCGCCGCCGACUACAACAACCUCUGCCAGUGCGAGACCCUCGACGACGUCAAGAUGCACCUCUCCGCAACCGAGUACGGGCCGUACCUACAGAACGAGCCAUCUCCUUUACAUACAACUACCAUUGUGGAGAAAUGCACUCUUAAACUUGUGGAUGAGUAUAAGCAUAUGCUGUGUCAGGCAACAGAGCCUUUAUCAACCUUCUUGGAAUAUAUAACGUAUGGUUACAUGAUCGACAAUGUUGUUCUUAUUGUCACCGGCACAUUGCAUGAGAGAGAUGUUCAGGAACUGCUGGAAAAAUGCCACCCUUUAGGAAUGUUUGAUAGGUAUGUCCUCUCUAGAUUUGAGAAAGGAGAUGUGUAUACUAUGGCAGAUGUGAUUAGCAGAAUGUUGAGAAAGGAGACGCUGAAUUUAGCUUUUCAUAGAUUGCCAAAGUUCAAUAACACUGUAAAGAAAGAAUCAGGCAAAGGAAACAUGGACACAACAAAUAGAAGAAACAAAAGUCCGUCACGUCCCGUGGCUCUUGUAAUCAACGCUUGA